AUGGAUCAGCCAUUAACUGUGAACUCCCUGAGAAAGUUAGCUGCGAUGCCAGACCACACGGAUGUCUCCCUCACUCCAGAAGAACGAGUCCGUGCUCUAAGCAAGCUGGGAGGAAACAUCACCAUCAAUGAAGAUAUCACUCCACGCCGCUACUUUAGAUCCGGCGUAGAAAUGGAGAGGAUGGCAUCUGUGUAUUUGGAAGAAGGAAACCUGGAAAGUGCAUUUGUCCUUUAUAAUAAAUUUAUAACUUUGUUUGUAGAAAAGCUUCCCAACCAUCGAGAUUACCAGCAAUGUGCAGUACCCGAAAAGCAAGAUAUUAUGAAGAAACUGAAGGAGAUUGCAUUCCCAAGGACAGAUGAAUUGAAAAAGGACCUUUUAAAGAAAUAUAACGUAGAAUACCAAGAAUAUUUGCAAAGCAAAAACAAAUACAAAGCUGAAAUUCUCAAAAAACUGGAGCAUCAGAGGUUGAUCGAGGCAGAAAGGAAGAGGAUCGCCCAGAUGCGCCAGCAGCAGCUGGAGUCAGAGCAGUUUUCGAUUUUUGAAGAUCAGCUCAAGAAGCAGGAAUUAGCCCGGAGUCAGGAAUUAGCCCGGAGUCAGCUGCGAAGCCAGGAAACCCCGGCACUGUCAGAACAGAUCGAUGGCAGUGCUUUCUCCUGCUUUCCCACACGCCAGAACAAUUCCUUGCUGAAUGUACUUGCAGAUCAGUCUAAUAAAAGUGACGCUACUAGUUGUGCUGGCCACUCACCUCCCGUCAACAGGGCCUUAAAGCCAGCUGCGACUUUAAAUGCUGUUCAGAAUUUAGUGGUUGAAGGACUGAGAUGCGUCGUUUUAUCAAGAGAUCUUUGCCACAGAUUUCUGCUGCUGGCAGAAUCCAAUACAGUGAGGGGAAUAGAAACCUGUGGAAUACUCUGUGGGAAGCUGACACAUAAUGAAUUUACUAUUACCCACUUAAUAGUGCCAAAGCAGUCUGCGGGCCCAGACUAUUGUGACGUGGAGAAUGUGGAAGAAUUAUUCAGUGUUCAGGAUCAACAUGAUCUCCUCACUCUGGGGUGGAUCCAUACACAUCCAACCCAAACUGCAUUCUUAUCCAGUGUUGAUCUCCACACUCACUGUUCCUAUCAGCUCAUGUUGCCUGAGGCCAUCGCCAUCGUCUGUUCACCAAAGCAUAAAGACACCGGCAUCUUCAGGCUCACUGACGCUGGCAUGCUUGAGGUUUCUGCUUGUAAAAAGAAGGGCUUUCAUCCACACACCAAGGACCCCAGGCUGUUCAGUGUAUGCAGACAUGUGUUGGUGAAAGACAUAAAGAUAAUUGUGCUGGAUCUGAGGUGA